AUGUUGAAUCAAAUAGAAGGUGUUUCAGAAAAUGGUGAUCUUCUGAAACAAGGGGGAUACAAAGAAGAUAAAGGAGAACCCCAAGCAAAUCAAACCACUGGUGAACAAGAACAAGAACAAAAACUGAAUACAAAUGAUCAGGAGGUCACUCCUAGGGCUUCCCUAUUUCGGUGUUUUGAGAAGAUAGAAAGGGUUGUGAUCUCUGACAAAGCAGUAAAAUCAGAAACUCUUCAAUUUCUACUUGAAGUAUGCCAAGCCUCAAUACCAGUCUUGGAGCCUAACGAGGAUUGUAGGGUUGAAGAAUUGCCAUUUAUGAAUCCAUACGACUGGAUCUUAAUGUUCAACAUUGUCAUGAAGGAUGAGAAGAAAUACGAACCCAUCGUUGCCCAUCUGAAAAAGAUGAUAAUCUGCUACAUAAGGGAAUUUGCAAAGAUGGAUUUGGAAAUACCAUUGUUGUUGGAGAAAAAGCCUGAUUUGGAACCCGAAGAGCAGCCUCAGGAUGUUAAUAGGAUGAAGUUGGGAGUUAUUCAGAAAGAGCACUAG